UGGAGGGAUGACGCCCCUGGCGGGCAGGUGCGGGGCACGGGCGGGGGCGGCGUGGCCCUCCGUGGUUCUCUGGCGCGCACUCCCUCGCCGGCCCGCGAGACGUGUGUAUGUGUUUUGAGGUUAUCUCCCACAUUCGUGUUUCCAAAGUUUCGUCGUGUGACAGUGAUGGUGCUCGCUGACUUUCUCACGGAGACCAGAAGGCGAUGGCUAAAGGCCUUCAAACUGUUCAAGGGCAACAAGACCCGAAAGUCGGCUCGCAAUCGCGUGUCCCCAGGGUUGGUGCGUUCACCUUCGCUAAGCGGCACGGUGGACGCGCGCGCCGAGAUAGACGUGAGGAACUUCUGUCCGUGCCGCGCCUCCAUGCCGCCCCUUCAUCUCAACAACGAGUCCUACGAGAACGCCUCUUACUAUAACAGCUAUAAUAGUUACAGCUCGCACAACAAUAGCCUGCAGAGCUAUUCAAAUGACAGCGGACGGUCGGACUCAGCGUACGAGUCGACGCGAAGUAGCCCCGCGCAUACCCGACCGGUUUGCUACGCCACCGUCACAUACUUCAAUGUGAACGAUAGCGAAGAUAGCUGCAGCAUACACACGGAAUACACCACCCUGGACUAUGACCCUGAUGCCGAAGACGAGAGCAAACAGAACGAGAUCAACGAGAGCAUCGAAUUGGUCAGCACGUUGUGAACACUUUGAG